CAAAAACUUUCUUCUUAAAAAUCACAUGGCUGAAUUCACUGCAGAUUUGCAAAGUCUUAGGUUUCCUUUCUUAGAUAUUGAUAACAUGGAAAUUCAGAACUUCAUGAUGCCAUUCUCCUGUGAAAGCUUCUUAGGCUCUCCAGAAGCUGAAUUUCCAGGAAACUUAUUGGAAGAAAAUUUUCCGGCUCUUGUUCAAUGUGUCGAUCACAAUGAAGUUCCAGUUUUAGUUCCUAUUGGUUCAGUUAAAAAUGAAAUCCAUGAAGGUCAAAAGAGGAAAGCAACUGAUAUAUGUGAGCCAAGUUCUGCAAAUUCAACUCCUGCUGUUUCUGAGAGUGGAAGCAAGACAAAAAAUAGUUCUGGAAGAGGCAAGAGAGUAAAGAGGAAUUCGAUAGAAGACAAGAAACCAAAUGAAGUAGUUCAUGUUAGAGCCAAACGUGGUCAAGCUACUGAUAGUCACAGUUUAGCAGAAAGGGUUAGAAGAGGGAAAAUUAAUGAAAAACUUAGGUGUUUGCAGAACAUUGUCCCAGGAUGUUACAAGACAAUGGGUAUGGCAAUAAUGUUGGACGAGAUAAUAAACUAUGUCCAGUCCUUGCAACAUCAAGUGGAGUUCCUCUCUAUGAAGCUUACUGCAGCAAGUACCUACUAUGACUUAAAUUCAGAGUCAGAUGCUUUGGAAACAAUGCAGAGAGCAAGGGCAUCCGAGGUGAAAGAGUUGGGCAAGUGUGUGAGAGAAGGAAGUGAAGAAGUUUCUUGCUUUGAACCAACAUGGCCAUGGCCUCUGUGACUUGGGUUUUGGAUGUUUUAACACAAACCACACAAGUUAUGAAUUGAAUGCCCUUCUUCUUACUUUCUACACUUUUAAAGGAUCAAUUUGUUUUCACUCCUUAGUGUAUAAGCACAGAGUAGACAUUCUCGUUUGUACAAUCCCAUCAAACACGUGUAGAAAUGGAAGUGAUUAAAGCCUACGUACAUUUCAAUUUUUUA